UCAGCAUUACCGAUUGCAGCAAACACAUCCCAUGCAAAAGGCAGAGAGCAUAAAGGAGAAAACUUUAGAGAAGAGAAAGAAGAAAUAGAAGGACUGAGAGAAAACUAUGCUACUUGAGGAAGAAAAGAUAUAAGCUGACAAUCAAGUACAUCAGGUGUUACUCGAGCAACAUGUCGCGGCCACCAGGAAGAAAGCAAGAGAACCACAAAAUAAGCAGAGAACUUUUUGUACUCACGUAUGGGGCUUUGGUAGCCCAACUGUGCAAGGACUAUGAAAAAGAUGAAGAUGUCAACACCUGUUUAGAUAAAAUGGGCUAUGGCAUUGGCAUAAGGCUGAUUGAUGAUUUUUUAGCUCGUUCAGCUGUGAAAAAGUGCCGCAGUUAUUCUGAAACUGCGGACAUGAUUGCACAGGUGGCUUUCAAGAUGUACCUUGGGAUCACCCCCAGUGUGAGCUGCAGUAGUGCUGCAGGAAAUGAGUUCUCCUUAAUCCUGGACAAAAAUCCCUUAGUGGAUUUUGUGGAGGAGUUGCCAGCAGAACGAGCAUCACUUUGCUACUCUAACCUCCUCUGUGGGGUGAUUCGAGGUGCCUUGGAAAUGGUUCACUUAGCAACAGAAGUUACUUUCCUCCAGGACAAGCUGAAGGGUGAUGCUGUGACAGAAAUAAGAAUUACGUUUUUAAGGAAGGCCGAAGACAGAAAGCACAAAAGAAAUAAAUGAAAGAAGCAUUGGGAGAAACAGUCGAAGACAUGCGAGACAUCCUGCUCCCUUUGAAACCAGAGAGGGACAUGGCUUCACUGAUGGCAGGAGACACCUGGGUUCCUCACAGUUCUUUCACGCCCUGUGUGCAGUUUUGCUGGCGUGCCUGCUCAGCCUCGUACGUGCAUCAGGCUGCAGCGCUGACAGCUGCAGCAGUGCUUUUGUUGCUUCAAGCU